ACCUGCCUGCUAUAGAGUUUCAGUUACUUGUGAUGUUUUAUUUUAACUUGGCUUGUAUCGUUUCAAAUUCUUUCAUUUGGCAGUCAUUUUAUUAGCCCCUAGCAAGAGGUUGAUAAACUUAAAGGGAUAGUUUGCAAAACACACCAACUUGGCUGCUGACAUUUUUGGGAAUGUGUUAAAGGGAUAUUUCACCCAAAUUACAAAAUUACAUAUUGGUUUCCUUACCCUGUUAGCAAUCUAUGGGCAAGGUAAGACAGUAAUCACUGCUUUGGUUUUGUUUACGUGGUCACUGUUGGCACAAAUCAAAUGCAAGUCAAUGGUACCGAUAUAAGCAUUUUUCACGCUUCAUGUCCAGAUCAUCUAUAAUAACUUCCCUGAGCUACACAAUCAAUUUGAGAUACUUUAGGGUGAUUUGGUCAGUAAGCACAAAAAAAUGCUAAUAUCAGUACCUUUGUGCCACACAUGGAAAAAAAAAAAAGGAUUUGGAGACAGUGACUAGGUAAACAAAAAACCAAGCAUGGAUUGCUGUCAUACCUUGUCCGUAGACUUGUACACCAUUUUGUAAUUUGGGUGAGCUAUCACUAACAGCGGACUAAUGAACAAAAUACUAAACUAUUCCUUUAAGUCUAUACCUUUAAGGCUGAGGCAGGGUGAAAAGGAUGCUAAAAGCCACUCUGUUAUUUUUAUCACUGAACAGGAACUCCAGUAUUGAAGCCAUCAACACAAACAGACAGGGUACGGAUGGAUGCUGGGGGGUGCACGGACUCGACCAGUCAGUAUGGGGCAGAAUGUAUGGAGAGACCCAUUGGGGACCAUAGACAUUGAGGUUUAGGUGGUUUAGACCUACUAUUAAAUGUAUUGAAUAGCAUCUGCUUUAUAGUGUACUGUACACAGAGAUAUCACAGGUCAACACUGACAUUCUCACAGAAUCAUAUGCAGACAUGCAGACAUUUACAAUAAAAAGCAUGUUAUGUGGACAUCAAAAACUCAAAAACUGAAACGUGCUCAUUCAGGACACAAAAAAAAUGUCUUGAACGACUUUGCCCUCUGGUGGUGAUUUUCUAACAGUAGCCAACGUGUCAUCAGUGCCCGGUUUAUCAAAAAAUUAUCUGUCUGGAUUUCGCAUAUAGGGAUAGGAUUAAACGCAUGGAAAUAUAAUGACUAGGACGGGUGUCCUCAUUCAAGUCAGUGAUUCGACCGUUCUAUUCAUUAUAUGUUUAUCCAUUUAAUCCUGGAUGCUGUUUAUAGGUUUUUCCCGCUUGUGUAUCUAUGUCAACCUCUUCCAACUCGCAGCAUCCAGUGGUCCUCGCGCUCUACUGAUUGUGUGAAGUCACGCACGCACUGCUCUCGAGCGCGCUCAGCGCAGCGGCGGUUCCCGCCUCGGGGAUGGCGCCCUCUGCUUCGGUGUUCAAGUCGGGUUUUCAACCUCUGGACAACAAACCUCGGAUGGAAAGUGUACUUCCCGACCCGGAGCAGCUAUUGCUGUUCCUCAGAAAACUCAAAGAGGUGUUCGACGUGUGCGACGAGGAUUCGGAUGGUUUCAUUCGCGUGGAGCAUUUCGUAGAUCUCGGUUCACAGUUCGGCCAAGGAGACGAGGUGAAGAAGUUGGCCAAAUGCUUGGACCCCAAUGCUCAGGGCAGGAUCAACUUCAAGGAAUUCUGCCAUGGAGUGCUGGCUAUCAAAGGCUGUGAGGGGGUCCUGAAGACCACACUGGGAGCUCGCAGUAUCACACAGCGUCUCUAUGAGAUCGACAGCGGUUACUACUACAAGCGUGGUGACAAAGCGCUUGCACAUCCGGUCAUCAUGUGCACGCGGGUGUCCGUUAACCCCGAGCCUGGGUGCCAUCUAUUCCCAGAGGGAGAGGAGGAAGGAGAGGUGGAGGGCAGAGAGAAGGCAGAGUUAGACAUGGACAGUGCUGUGGAGAGCAACCCGGGAUCAGAUGUCUCUGAAGGGGAGAGGAGCGGAGUAGACAAGGAGGAUGGACCGGGGGGACUUUUCUUUCCUGGAGACAAGUGCAGUCAGCUAAACCCAUCGGUGACCUCUGACCUGUCGACGCGUUCCUCUGCCUCUCUGAACGAGGAGCAGUUUGAGGACUACGGAGAGGGAGAGGACGUGGACUACACUCCCAGCAGCCCCUGCCCCGAGGACGAGACGCGCACCAACGGCUACUCUGACCUGGGCUCCUCUGUACCCUCCAGUGCUGGCCAGACCCCAAGGAAGACACGUCACCUGUACAACAAUGAGACGAUGGACGUGUACUGUUCCCAGUGCUGUAAGAAGGUCAACCUACUCAACGACCUGGAGGCCAGGCUGAAGAACCUCAAAGCCAACAGCCCCAAUAGGAAAAUCUCCAGCACAGCCUUUGGCAGGCAGCUCCUCCACACCAGUAACUUCAGCAGCAGCAACGGCAGCACGGAGGACCUGUUCCGAGACAGCAUUGACUCCUGUGACAUCGACAUCACUGAGAAGGUGAGUUACCUAGAGAAGAAGGUAGCAGAGUUGGAGAAUGACACCCUGAUGAACGGAGAUCUCAAGUCCAAGCUGAAGCAGGAGAACACACAGCUGGUUCACAGGGUCCACGAGUUGGAGGAGCAGUUGAAGGACCAGGAGGCGCGGGCAGAGCAGAACACAGAGGAGGAGCAGAGACGACACCGUGAGGCCUACAGCAAGAUGGAGAGAGACAAGAACACUGAGCUAGAGCUGCUACACAACCGAGUCCAACAGCUAGAGGAGGAGAACGGGGAUAUAUCGGUCAACAUGUGCAGACUGAAGUCUCAGACAGAGAAACUGGACGAGGAGAAGCAGCGUAUGACAGACAAGCUGGAGGACACCAGUCUGAGGCUAAAGGAUGAGAUGGACCUCUACAGGAAGAUGAUGGACAAGCUGAGGCAGAACAGACACGAGUUCCAGAAGGAGAGGGAGGCCAUGCAGGAGUUGAUUGAGGACCUUCGUCGGGAGCUGGAGCACCUGCAGCUGUUCAAGCUGGAGACAGAGAAGCCUGGCCGCGGCCGCAGCUCCUCAUCUGGGCUGACGGAGUUCAACGCCAAGACCAGAGAGAUGGAGCUGGAGCACGAGGUCAAGAGACUCAAACAGCGGUUUGUCUCGCAGGACUUUCCUCUGACCUCUGACCUCCGCCACCUCGUAGUAUCCGCUGGGGCACGCCUCCGUCACGGUCAGACGGAGAACCUGAAACUGAGGGAACAGAACGACGACCUGAAUGGUCAGAUCCUCAGUCUGAGUCUGUAUGAGGCUAAGAACCUGUUUGCCACCCAGACCAAGGCCCAGUCGCUGGCUGCCGAGAUAGACAAUGCCUCACGAGACGACUUGAUGGAGGCCCUCAAGGAGCAGGAGGAGAUCAACUUCCGUUUGCGGCAGUACAUGGACAAGAUCAUUUUGUCUAUCCUGGACCACAACCCCUCCAUCUUGGAGAUCAAGACCAACUAGAACCCCCCAACUAGAAACCAACGACUAGAACCCCCUCCGGGAAUGGGAAAGGGAAAGGAAGACUAGCCACGGUGGGGCCUGGGACAGCUGGACAUCAUUGCCCCCUGCUGCCCCAGGAGUGGAACUGUGAACUUGGGUGUAUUCAUUAGGCACAAAACAGAAGAAAACAGACAUAUUGGGAGGUAUUACCUGGACUUGUCCAAUUAGAAACACUAGUUUUUGUGUUCUGUUUCUAAACGUUUUGCUACGGUGUGGCCUAAUGAAUAUGCGACUGGAGCUAUAGGGGAAUUUCUGUGUUGACUACUAAAGUUUUGGUACUUCGUCAUCAUACUUCUGUUUUCUGUGACUCAUCAACAGAUGUUGGUAUCUCCCUCAUGUCUCCUUCAUGCACUUUCUUCUAUGUUCUCAAUUUUUUUCUCACAGCCUCAUCUUUAGUCUUAAACACAAUCGAGAUUAAUUAUUACUGGGAAAAAUUAUUAUACUGGGCAGGUGCUUUGAAUAUGUAGGGCAUUACUGGUUGUUGAACACUGGAUGUACGUACUCUAGUGGUGUGUGUUGAAACAAUGUGAACACAAAUCUAUUGGUCUUCAAUAGCGUGCGUUGUAGCCAUAGGGGAAGAUAGGAACAGAGAGAGACUGGCAGAUAGACAAACAGAGAUCUUUAGCUUCCAGACAACCCUAUCCCCACUGCUUCCUUAAAGUUGAUCUGUGUUUGAUCGCUGAAGACCGGUAUGUGGAUAGAGGCAUGUUGAUGAAGAAAGUAAAGCAGCACGUGUUUCUGUGCGUAAGAAGAGUGACAGAAAGAGAUGAGAGGAGAGAGAAAGUAUUGUACAAGCAUCUCCAUGUCAAAAGAUAUUGGCUUUGACUCAAGAAGAUAUCAGUCAUGUGAAGUGAUAAUGAGAGGCAGCAGAACUUGGUGUGAUGGAAUGGCUUUGUGAAGUCAAGAAGGAACAGGUGAAGUGUAUCGGUCAGUACAGAGGAAGAUAAGAGAAGAAUGCCUUCCUAGGGAACUCUGAGAUGACGGUACAGUAUGAUCUGUGUAGAGUAAUACUGUAUGAUAAAUCCAUAUAGUAAAUCCUUAACUCACACAGUGAGUUGUUAAUUGGCUGGUUGAGAAUUUCCGGAUGCCAAUUCCUCUUAAUCAUCAUUAUUUUCUACUCAGACAUUCUGUGGUAAGUCUGUCUAAAUAAGUUGGUUAGACCUGGGAUAUCUUCUAUGAAGGAUGUCCCAUUGCAUAGAGCUGCUAUAGCUACCCACAUGAAAAACCAUAGUAUACUAUGGUAUAUAUACUAUAGUAUUCACUGUAGUGUUUUGUUGACUUUUUUUCUGACUUACAGAGUCCGCAAAAACACUGCAGUGAAUAUUGUAGUAUUUAUUGUAGUGUUUACUGUAGUAUUCUGUAUUAUACUGUAGUAUUUAUUGUAGUAACUGUAUUAUACUGUAGUAUUUACAGUUAACUAUAGUAUAAAUACUGUAACAAUCGAAAACUGUAGUAUAUACUAUAGUAAUAAUGUAUUGUUUUUGUGGAUUGUAGUAUUUACUGUAGUGUUUUUGCAGACAUUACUGUAGUAUUUACUACAUUGUUUUUGUUUUAUUAUCUUUGACAUAGAAAUGGAGGCUUUCUCCUUCAGGAAACCUACUGGAGAAAUAGAUUGUUGUUCAGAGCUUCUGCUCUUUUCUAUAACCUGUAGGGAACACACAACAAGGUAUUUACUACAGUAUUUUUUUGUGGCUAAUACUAUAGUAUUUACUAUAGUUUCUACAGUAUACUAUAACAUUCUAUAGUAAGUACUACUGUACACAUGAUCAAGGAAUACUACAGUGUGUAGUAUAGUAUACUACAGUUUACUAUAGAAUUCUAUAGGAGGUACUUUAGUAUUUUAUAGUAUACUGUAGUAUUUUUGUAUGUGGGUAUUAGCCCAUUAGCCUAUAUGCUUUAUAUUUCUGUGUCGGACACUGCCACUCCACUCUCCCUAUAUCCACACUGAACAAGAGACAAACCCUCCCAGCAUACAGGGCUGUCAAGUCAACAGCAUAACAAUGUACAAGCACACGAAUGUAACCCUAUGGAUGUGAAUGUACAGAAUGCUUAAUGCAUUCUGCAUAGAGAUAGAUACAGUAUUUAUCUCUAUGUUAUUCCACAUCUCAAUGUGUUUUAUGAAUUUCCUCUGGGUGUUAAGCCAUGUCAGUCUGGCUCAUUGAAUCAUCCCUGUCAUCUCUAUAUAAGAUACUGUAGUAUACUGUAGUAUAUUCAUCAGAAGUUAACUUACUGUAGACUAGAGUUUGGUACUAAUAAGACUGGAAUAGCAAUCAUACUGGAGUCUAUACAGAGUAUAUGGGUAGUGUUUGCCCUUUGGCUAGUAUACUGUAAAUAUCAUGAAUGUCUCACGUAGCUAACAUUCUCUCUCUUAAAACCUAAUGGGUUUUUGUGUACAAAUCUACAUUUUGUUGAGACAGUUUUCAAAUGUCAUACAGUAGGCCUUUGCUGUACUACUGUAUUCGAGGGGACGUUGAUAGGCAAAGGGGAUAACCUGCUGUAAAUUAAAUUGCUCUAAACGUAUGUUUUGCUUCCUUGCACAAAAAUAUGUUGUUUUUUCUUAUUUUUGCAUGUUCUCACCUUUUCUGGUAAUCGUGCCUUUAAAACACUUAUCUAUUUUUCUUUUUCUUAAUAUAGCUAUGUUGUUUAGACAACUUAAUAAUGAAUAUUUUUACUGUUGCUUUAAAAACAAUUGUCUGAAUGAUGUUCAUGACUUGUAAAUGUUGUACAGAGAUACUUUAGUUAGGAUUUGUAUUGUGCCACUCACCACACUUUUACAGAUGAGACUACAAAAAUACAAUUUUAUACAGUUCUAUCAGGAAAUGGCCAGGUAAUCAACUCUAGUUUAUAAAACUGUUACAUCACAAGUUGAUUUUGUAUUUUUUUCUCCCCAAUUGCGUGAUAUCCAAUUGGUAGUUACAGUCUUGUCCCAUUGCUGUAACUCCCGUACGGACUCGGGAGAGGUCAAGGUUGACAGCCAGUCCUCCAAAAAAUGACCCUACCAAACCUCACUGCUUCUUGACACACUGGUCGCUUAACCCAGAAGCCAACCGCACCAAUGAGUUACAAGAAACACGGUACAACUGGUGACUGGGAUGGAACCCGGGUCUGUAGUGAUGCCUUAGACUGCUGCGCCACUUGGGAGGCACAGCACAAGGUUUUUUAUUUAAAAACAGAUGAGCAUUGGGGCAAUAUAUAUAUAUUUUUCUGUUUCUGCGGUAACCUAUCUAUGAAUGCGGUGUCCAUUGCUUUUAAGAUCGCUUUGGUUUCUGCAUCCUUUCAAAGUAUGUUGAUAUGGUUUCCCCCUGUCUUCCUAUACACUAAAUAAACUGCUGAGAAAUAUGACUUUUCUCUAUACCAUACCAGCCUGGCACUACAAAGUUUACUUCUACAACCUUGAAAGAUUCACUUCACACAAAUUGAAAUGAAGUUGAGAUACAUUGAGAAAUGUCUUCAAAUUGAGCGUUGACCUCGGCCUCAUGUAGAAGCCCUCCUAUCGUUUGAGGUGAUGUUGACCAAUGGCAUCCCAUUUCAGACAGUGCAACAACCAAUCACCUGUUGAGCACUGUCACAAAGUUUCACUUGCAACAUUUUAAAUAAACUCAAACGUUUCCCAUUUGUGUGCUCCUAAAUACUUCCCAACACAAUUAAAUAUGUAGUCUCCUACUCUUCAAGAUAUUGAAAGGUUGGAUUUUAAAGUGCACAAGGUGUGGCAUUGUGGCAAUAAGAAUGGCUUGGGCUUGUGAUAUCUUGUGAUUUUCUGUUACCUUGUUUCUGUUGUCCUAUUUCUCUACCACAUACCAUUGUUACUGAUACAUUGAAGCACUGUACUGUAUGUGGCUGUAAGUAGGCUACUACUUAUGGUAUGAGGUCUUAUCUGCAAUUGUGAUGUACAAACAACUUUAAGCUGUAAAUAAAGAGAUUUGCCCUGGCAUGAUUACAA